AUGGCUUCACACGAACCCAAGUACGAUGGAACAGAGGACAAGAAGGUCGAGAUCGCUCACCACGAGAUACGUCCGAGCGUGUCUGCGUCUGGCGAGAAGGCGCCCGACCUCGAGGCCGAGACGGCGUCGUCGGCGACCACGGACAUUGACGCCGGGUUCGACCCGGCCACGGUCAAACGGACCAUGCGGCGCGUGGACCGGCGCCUCCUCCCGAUCCUGUCGGCCAUGUACUGCGUGUCGCUCAUCGACCGGACCAACCUUUCCUUGGCGCGCCAGGCCAACGACAACAAGAUGAACGCCGAGCUCGACCUGGCAGGCACCAACAACCACUACACGAUCGUGACGCUCGCCUUCUUCGUGCCGUACAUCAUCCUGGAGAUUCCCUCGCAGCUGGGUCUGCGCGCGUUCGGCGCGCGCCUCUGGCUCGGCACGGCCGUGACGGCGUGGGGAGCGGUGAUGGUGGGCAUGGGCUUUAGCCCCAACUGGCAGACGCUCGCGGGGCUGCGUGCGCUCCUGGGCGUGUUCGAAGCCGCGCUCUUCCCCGGCGCCACGUUCCUCAUCUCGUGCUGGUACCCGCGGAGGGACAUGGCUCGCCGCAACACGUGGUUCUACAUUGCGUCCUCUGUCGUGGGCAACUUUGCGUCGCCGCUCGGCUACUGCUUUACGCUCAUGGACGGGCUGGGCGGGAUUUCAGGCUGGGGAUGGGUGUUUAUCAUGUUUGGCAUCAUCACCAUUGUGAUCGGCGGCCUGGCGUACAUUUUCCUCGUCGACUUUCCACACAAGAGCCACUUUCUCACCGAAGAGGAAAAGGAUAUCGUCCUGACGCGCAUCGACCGCGACCGCGGCGACGCCGUGCCCGACAAGCUCACGUGGCGUAAAGUCGUGCACUACUGCGCCGAUUUCAAGGUCUGGCUCUUUGCCUUCUUCUUCAUGGCCACCACGCUGGCCAGCUACUCGCAGGCAUACUUCCUGCCGGUCAUCCUCGCGACCAUGGGGUUCAAGAACGUCGAGACCAUGCUGCUCGGCACGCCCGCGUCGGCGUGGUCCAUCAUCCCGGGCUUGCUCGGCGCAUACGUGUCUGACAGGUACCGCCACAUGCGCGCGGCCGUGAUCAUGGUCAACGCGUGCAUGCUCAUCAUGGGCACGGCCAUGUACUCGCAGCUUCCCUUGCACCAGAAAGCCGCGCGGUACGCGGGCGUGUUUUUCGCCGUCGGCGGCGCCAACUCGAACGUCCCGCUCGUCAUGGCGUGGGCGCAGACGAGCAUCCGCUCCCAGUCCAAGCGCGGCUUCUACGCCGCCGUCAUCGUCGCGUUUGGCGGGCUCGGCGGCAUCUUCGCCAGCAUCACGUUUAUGCAGAAGGAGUACCUCAAGGGAUAUCCGACGGGUAUCUUCUUCACCAUUGGGUGCAACGCCGCAGUCGUGCUGGGCGCGGCGGCCCUCAGCGCGUACUUCCGCAGGCAGAACAGGCGCGCGGACAGGGGCGAGGUCGUGCUCGAGGACAGUGAUCUGUUCCGAUACCAGGGAUGA